AUGAAAAGGUACCAUCAUCCACACAAAUCCAUCACAGGAGCAGGAGUUGCAGGAGCAGGCCUCGGAGCAGGAGCACUUGGAGGGUUAGGAGGAGUGCCUGGUGGAGUACCAGGAGGAGUAGGAGCAGGGGGGUAUUCUGCUGCAGCCAAAGCUGCUAAAUAUGGUCUCGGAGCUGGUGGUUUGGUGCCUGGGGGUGGAUAUGGAGUCCCACUGGGUGUACCCGGUGGUGUACUAGGCAGAGGAUACCAACAGCCAGGCGGCUACGGAGCUGCUGGUAAACCUCCCAAAUAUGGUGUGCCUGGGGGUGCAGUGCCAGGCUUUGGUGCUGAAGGUUUUCCAGGUGGUGUAGGAGCAGGUCUUGGGGCAGGAGGACUUGGAGUACCAGGAGGGGGAUUAGCUGGAGGAUAUCCUGCUGCUGCUGCUGCUGCUGCUGCUAAAGCUGCUAAAUAUGGUCCAGGUGGUGCAGGAACAGUCCCAGGUGGUGGGGUUGGAGGAGUUCCAGGUGGAGUCCCAGGGUCCUUUCCAGGAUAUGGCUCAUUGGCAGCUGGUGCCAAACCUCCUAAAUAUGGAGUCCCAGGAGCAGGCCUGGGAGGUGGAUUGGUGCCAGGAGGAGUCCCAGGAGGAGUAGCAGGGGGAGUACCUGGUGCUGGAUAUGGAGGUUAUGCUGCAGCCAAAGCUGCCAAGUAUGGAGGCACAAGAGCUGGCCUUGGAGCUGGAGGACUGGAGGGAGUCGGAGUAGGAGGAACAGGAGGUGUAGGACCUGGACCUGCUGGUGCCAAAGCUGCUAAAUAUGGUGUGCCUGGCGGAGCAGGCAUCACUGGAACUGGAGUGCAUUCACCAGGGGCAACUCCAGGUACAGUUGUGGCUGGUGUUCCAGAUGGUACUGCUGUAGGGGGAGUAGGUGGUACUGGCGUUCCCAUAGCUGGAAAACCAGCAAAGGACAUACUUCUUGGAGGAACUCCUGGCCCAGAUAAAAAUGGAACCUGUUGUCUUUUGGCAGCACCCACACCUGUUGUUGCAACUGGCAAGGCCCCAGAGGUCCCAGAGCCCAGAUAG